AUGUCGAAAAUCACGGUCGCAGGAGUUAGACAGAACGUCCAGUCUCUCCUUGAUUAUUCUUUGAACGAGAAGAAGCGAAACUUCCUCGAAACCGUCGAGCUUCAGAUCGGCCUCAAGAACUAUGAUCCUCAGCGAGAUAAGCGUUUCUCGGGCACCAUCAAGCUACCAACGAUCCCUCGUCCAGGAAUGAGCAUCUGUGUUCUUGGUGACCAGCACGACAUCGACCGAGCCAAACACCUCGGCAUCGAUGCCAUGUCCGCCGAUGAUCUCAAGAAGUUGAACAAGAACAAGAAACUCAUCAAGAAGCUCGCUCGCAAAUACGAUGCCUUCGUUGCCUCCGAUGCUCUUAUCAAGCAGAUCCCGCGUCUCUUGGGUCCUGGUCUGUCCAAGGCUGGCAAGUUCCCAACUCCGGUCUCCCACGCUGAGGACUUGAACAACAAGGUCAAUGAGGUCAAGAGCACCAUCAAGUUCCAGCUGAAGAAGGUGUUGUGCAUGGGUGUUGCUGUCGGAAACGUUGGCAUGUCCGAGGAUGAGUUAAUUGCUAACAUCAUGUUGGCGGUCAACUAUCUUGUAUCUUUGUUGAAGAAAGGAUGGCAGAACGUUGGAAGCUUGACCGUCAAGGCCUCCAUGUCUCCUCCGAAGAGAAUUUACUAG